AUCUUAUCAGUAACAAAGGGCAGGCAUGUGACUGGCACAUGGCACAUUUUAAAAACAAAAAGAAGUGACCCAGAAUUCAUCUCUAUCUUCUAUCUUAUAGACGUAUGCUCACUGAGUAACUGGCAUAGCGUCUGAAACACUCAUCAACAACAAUGAAAAUUAUGGAACACUGCAAGAAACACACUUGUUUUGUUUUUUGUUUAACUUUUUUUGUAUUCUCAGUCAUGGGAUUAGAUUAAAUGAUCUUGUAUUUCUAUCUUUUGAAUCUUUAUAUGGAGUUGGGUAGCAAUUCAAAUCUGAUUGUUGACGAGGACAAGCAAUUUACGGUCAAAGAUGAUAGUAAAGCUAGUAGUUCUCUUUCAUUUCCUUUUAGGAGUAUUCCUCAAGAGGCUGUUCUAAUUACAGAUGCUCAUGAACCUCACAAUCCUAUCGUUUAUGUUAAUACUGAGUUUGAGAUGGUUACUGGUUAUCGAGCCGAAGAAGUCUGUGGUCUCAACUGCCGCUUUUUGCAAUGUAGAGGACCUUUUGCCAAAAGAAGGCAUCCUUUGGUCGACUCCACGGUGGUUUCAGAGAUAAGAAGAUGCCUUAAGGAGGGCAUUGAAUUCCAAGGUGAAUUAUUGAACUUCAGAAAAGACGGAUCUCCUCUAUUGAAUAGGUUGCAGCUUACACCAAUAUAUGGAGAUGACGAAACAAUUACUCAUGUUAUUGGAAUCCAGUUAUUUACGGAAGCAAAUAUCGAUCUAGGCCCUGUGCCUGGUUCUUCAAUUAAGGAAUCUGCAAAAUCAGGUGAACUGUUUCGUUCUGGCUUUUCCACCUACCGUCCUGUUCCAGAAGGGGACCGCAAUGUUUCUCGCGGGGUUUGUGGGAUACUGCAGUUGAGUGAUGAGGUUCUGUCUCUGAAAAUACUUUCACGUUUAACUCCAAGAGACAUUGCAUCGAUUGGUUCAGUCUGUAAGCAACUCUAUGAGUUGACUAAGAGCGAGGAUCUUUGGAGGAUGGUCUGUCAGAAUGCUUGGGGUAGUGAAACAACACGUGUUUUAGAGACAGUACCUGGAGCAAAGAGAUUGGGGUGGGGUCGGCUUGCAAGAGAAUUAACAACUCUUGAAGCAGCAGCAUGGAGAAAGCUAACCGUUGGAGGUGCUGUUGAACCUUCAAGGUGCAAUUUUGGUGCUUGUGCAGUAGGCAAUCGCGUUGUCCUUUUUGGUGGCGAAGGUGUUAACAUGCAACCAAUGAAUGACACUUUUGUAUUGGAUUUGAACUCGAGCAACCCGGAGUGGGAACACAUCCAAGUGAGCUCCCCUCCUCCUGGACGCUGGGGUCAUACACUAUCUUGCGUCAAUGGCUCUCAUUUAGUAGUGUUCGGAGGCUGCGGAACGCAGGGCUUACUCAAUGAUGUGUUCGUUCUUGACUUGGAUGCCAAGCCUCGGAAUUGGCGGGAGAUUUCUGGAUUGGCCCCACCACUUCCCCGAUCAUGGCAUAGUUCUUGCACUCUUGAUGGAACCAAGCUGAUAGUUUCUGGAGGGUGUGCAGAUUCUGGAGUACUACUUAGUGACACGUUUCUGCUUGAUCUGUCAAUCGAGAAGCCCAUCUGGAGGGAGAUACCAGCAGUGUGGAAACCGCCUUCAAGGCUCGGUCACACUCUUUCAGUUUAUGGUGGCAGGAAAAUAUUGAUGUUUGGUGGUCUCGCUAAGAGUGGUCCUCUUCGAUUCCGUUCCAGUGAUGUUUUCACUAUGGAUUUGAGUGAGGAGGAGCCUUGUUGGAGAUGCGUAACUGGAAGUGGAAUGCCAGGUGCUGGAAACCCAGGGGGGGUAGCCCCGCCUCCGAGGCUUGAUCAUGUAGCUAUGAGCCUUCCUAGCGGUAGAAUUCUAAUCUUUGGCGGAUCUGUUGCUGGUCUUCAUUCCGCCUCGCAGCUUUAUCUCCUCGAUCCAACUGAUGAAAAACCUACAUGGAGAAUUUUAAAUGUACCCGGGAGACCACCGAGGUUUGCUUGGGGACAUAGCACGUGUGUUGUCGGUGGGACGAGAGCUAUAGUCCUUGGCGGUCAAACUGGGGAGGAGUGGAUGCUAAGUGAGCUUCACGAGCUGUCCUUGGCGAGUUCUGUUAUCUGAUUAUAUGUAUCGGCAGGCUAUGGAAAAAGAAUUCACCUGAAGCCUUUAACUUCAGGGUGAGAGGUUAUUUAUUGGAAAUGCAGCCGAAACUGUUGUUUCGGUCACUAAUAACUCUCGACAAAAUGUUUGAUUGAUUUGUCAGGACUUUGUAUUAGAUGGCUGUCGAUUAUCGACUUUUUCUUGUACGGGGUUCUUGUACAAGGUCGUUCUGUCGAUUAUUGUGCUCUAUAAGGUGACUUGCAACUCUUUUCCCCUCGCUGAGGUUUGUAUAAGCCCUUCCCUCUUCUCCCUUCCCCGUCCCGGCGGAUGUAGAUCGGGCAACCCUUGCUUGUUAGGUUACUAUAAGUAUUUGAUAGAAAGGUAGGUCUCGAUAUAAUGUAGGUUUAGUUUCUUGUUAUGCUACUCUUUGCCUUAAUUCAGUGUUGUAAUUUGAACAAAAAGAAUGGAAAAAAGAAAAAAAACAGAAGUGCAUGUUUAUAUUGCGCAAGUACUGCGUGGAAUGUAACUAAGAAAAUUGUAUGUAUUUUGUUGUGCUCAUAAAUUUUGUAAUUCCUUGCCCUUUUCUCA